CGACGGUGCCAGAGCAGGUGCAGGUACUGAGCUCUACUACUAAUCAGAUCUUAAAAGUAUAAACAGAUACACAGUUGCUAGAUAUCAUGAGCAACCUGAUUUCCACACUUUCCUCCUUCGAUGUUAACAGCAUCAGUGAGCAAUUGAGCUUAGAUAAGAUCAAGGAGAACCUCCAAUCGGUGAAGGGAAAGUUUGCAACGUUGCGUCCACCACAGGAAUUCUUUGAUGUUCGUCAUUUCUCCAAGCCAUCCAACUUCAGUGAGCUCCAACAGCGGGUCACAUACAACCUAAACUACUACCAAUCCAACUACGUAUGCAUAGUUUUGCUUCUCUCCAUAUACGCCUUGGUCACCAACGCCUUGUUGAUGUUUGUCAUCGCCCUGGUUGUAGGAGGUAUGUUUGCCAUCAGCAGAUUGCAAGGUGAAGACUUGGUCUUGCCUAUUGGAACGAUCACAACCUCACAAUUGUACACAACAUUAUUGGUCGUUUCGUUGCCUCUCGGGUUUUUGGCCUCUCCAAUCAGCACCAUGAUGUGGCUUGUGGGAUCCUCCUGUGUGUGUGUCUUCUCGCACGCCAGUUUCAUGGAGAAGCCGAUCGAAACCGUGUUUGAAGAACAAGUUUAAGCUGAAAUACCUCCCCCGUGU